GAAGAUGCAGCCACCGGUGCCUGCCGGGAACCACCGACCGCCACGCGCUCCAUCUCCCCACUCAGAACGAUUACGAGAAAGCUCGAGUCGGACCCCAUAGAAGGGAAGGGUAGAGAUGAAAAACAACUGUACUCGAGCAGCUACUUUCUGGAGCAUUCGUCAUCAUCCUCGUCAGCACGUCGUAGGAUGUGGUCACUUCUACGCACCAGAACCCGAACAAUGACAUGUUUCUUGCUCACCCAAUCACUCCUUCCCCUUAGCUUCAACCUCUGUAAACCAUCGCCGGUGCUCCACAACAACCUCUCCUCUCUCUUUCUGGGUCUUUCCCGCUAUAACCCGAGUUGGGGCCUUGCGACUCGCCCGCUCUGUUCAAGGCCACUCAGUGAGCUGCAAGCAAUGGCCGAGGACUCUGUCACGUAUCUGACACAGCGAGAAGCUGCUGAGAUCGACGAGACCCUCAUGGGUCCUCUUGGGUUUAGCAUCGAUCAGUUGAUGGAAUUGGCUGGCCUGAGUGUGGCAACUUCAAUAGCUGAGGUAUAUAAACCGAGUGAAUAUAACAAGGUUCUUGCUAUUUGUGGGCCUGGUAACAAUGGCGGCGAUGGGCUUGUAGCUGCUCGUCAUUUGUAUCAUUUUGGUUACAAACCUUGCAUUUGUUAUCCUAAGCGUACUCCAAAGCCUCUGUACACUGGCCUUGUUACUCAGCUCGAGUCCCUAUCAGUCCCUUUCUUGUCAGUCGAAGAUCUUCCCUCAGACUUAUCAAAAGACUUCGAUAUUUUAGUGGAUGCAAUGUUCGGCUUUUCUUUCCAUGGUGCCCCAAGGCCACCUUUUGACAACCUGAUCCAAAGGCUGGUUAGCUUGAACAGAGGUGAUGUUGCAGGCAGAAAAUCUCCUGUAAUUGUUUCUGUAGAUAUUCCUUCUGGAUGGCAUGUUGAGGAAGGAGAUGCUGGUGGUGAAGGAAUCAAACCUGACAUGUUGGUUUCUUUAACUGCACCGAAGCUGGGGGCAAAGCAGUUUCGUGGUCCCCACCACUUUCUAGGCGGUAGAUUUGUCCCUCCAGCUAUUGCAGAAAAAUGUAGGCUUCAUCUUCCCCCAUAUCCCGGAACUUCCAUGUGUGUCCGCAUUGGUAAGGUCCGAAAAAUUGACAUCUCAGCAAUGAGGGAAACCUAUGUUUCUCCUGAGUUUCUUGAAGAUCAGGUUGAGGCCAAUCCUUUUGAUCAGUUCAACAAGUGGUUUGAAGAUGCAGUGGCUGCUGGGUUGAGGGAACCAAAUGCAAUGGCAUUGUCAACUGCUGGAAAGAAUGGAAAGCCAUCUUCUCGAAUGGUGCUGCUUAAAGGAGUUGAUAAGGAUGGAUUUGUUUGGUACACCAAUUAUGGAAGCCAAAAGGCACGCGAACUGUCCGAAAAUCCUUGGGCGUCACUUCUUUUUUACUGGGAUGGUCUUAACCGCCAGGUAAGAGUGGAGGGAUCAGUUGAGAAAGUCCCUGACCAAGAAUCCGAGCAAUACUUUCAUAGUCGUCCUCGAGGGAGUCAAAUUGGAGCAGUUGUCAGUAAUCAAAGUUCAGUUGUUCCUGGAAGACAGGCCCUGCGCCAACAAUAUACAGAAAUAGAGGAGAAGUUUUCAAACAUGAGCGUGAUUCCGAAACCCAAACACUGGGGAGGAUACAGACUGAAGCCUGAGCUUUUCGAGUUUUGGCAAGGGCAGCCUUCUCGUUUGCAUGAUAGGUUGCAGUAUUCACCUCAAGAGAUUGAUGGGAAACGUGUGUGGAAAAUUGUCCGUUUGGCUCCCUGACUAUCGGCUUUGGCUUCAUCUUUGUGAAAAUCUCAGGAUCUCAGUCAAGUUGCUUCUGUAACGAAUAAGCAGGUACUCCUCUGAUAUUACCUCAGGUUAACAAGGCUUUUGACUAAACCUCGAUGAUCCUCGAUCAUUAUCCUGGUCGUCAUUGCAUCAUCGAAAUCUUUGUGCGUUGCAUGAUUAGAGAUUGACUCGUCCAUUAAUAAGAAUAUAUUCUCCUCUUGUACUCAUGGAAAACUCCAAAUACAGGGAAAUCACUUUUCUUUUAGUUGCAGUGGCAUGGCAAAUCAUUUGGCAUGCCUUGAUAAACCUUAUUCCUAGAAAUAAAAAAUAAAAAAAAAUUAGUGGGUUAGCUGUGAGUUGACUACUCGAUAAUUCACUCACGGCACGUUUGGUCCGAGCGACCGAAAGCAAAUGAAAUGGAGCCAUUGCAUAGUGUAAGUCCUGGAUCCGUUGCGUUUCUAUGCUUUGAUCACGCCAUCAGUUUUGUAUAAGUUAUUUUAUACUCAGAUGUCAAUUAUUUUUUUUCU